AUGAAGAAUUCACAAACGAACAUUCAUCUAAAGGAAAUCCAGUUAAGAAGAGUUCACACUAGAACAGAUUCUCCGCACCUCUCCAGCUGGCCCGACGAGCACAUUCAGAUUGGACAGCUUCAUCAUUGCACCUGCAAAGUCAAACCUAAAUUUAUCUGCAUCCUCAGCAUACUCAAAAACCGCUUUUGCUGUCUGCUCGUUCGCCAUCAGUUCUUGGUCGGCACGCCUGAUAAUAGUGAUUGCCAAAUCCACCUCCGGGAAGCUGGCCUGAAGAUGACGAAAGUCCCUCGUAAUAUUGCAUGCUUCGUGAAAGUUUCUCAUGCUGCUAGUUGGGACUUGACAAGUCGUUCUCAUCUUUCGAAGGAAAUCGAGAGGGAUGGCCCCAUUGUCGAACAUGUUGAUCCUCGAUGCUAUGAAACCGCAGUUGAUCCGACCAAUGUUGUGGGACCCUUUCGAGAGAGAGAAAGUAGAUUAACAAAG